UUCUCAUGCAUGUGGGGUAUAAAGCAUCUAUGCUUCUUCCAUUCCAUCAGACCAUUAACAGAUCUGAACAAAAACAUCUGACAUUUCGACAGACAAAUAGCUGAAAUCAGACAGUUCCACUUAUCUGAUGUUAUGGAUUUGCAGUCUAUGGAGACAGUUGUUGAGUCGCUAAAUGAGGGAAUAGUCUCUAUCUGUAACAUCUACAAGUCUCUCUUGGAUGCACAAGUUGAUCCCACCACUGGCAUGUGCUGUAAUUAUGAACAAAUCAGGAAGCAUAUUGAGCAUGCUGAGUGUUUCCUGGAAAAAUCUGAGACAAUGAUUAAGGGAAAACUAAAACAUUUAGAAGAAUGCAUGGAGCGACUUAUUAAAGAAAAAGGAAAUGCUGAGCAGCAAAGCAAAGAAAAAAACAAUGCAAAAAGUAAAUUACACAUCGAGAAGAAAUCUGCUGAAGAAUCAUUAAAGAAUUCUAAAGCAGCUUUGGAACAGGCUGAAAAAAUGGUAGCAUUGACAAAAGAUGAGCUACAAAGGCAGCAAGCUAGACAUAACACUGGUAGAGGUGUAACAAUUGGAGGUGCAGUACUGGCUGCAAUACCAAUCUUCGGAUGGAUUCCUAGUAUUAUAAUGGUGUCUGUGGGAUUCAGCGAAAUUGAUAAGGCUUCAAACGCCAUCAGCGAUGCUGAAAACGAGCUAAAAAAACAUGAGUCCCAGGUGAAUGAGAAGAGCACGAAGGUGUCUGAUUACCAAUCCAAGAUUGCUGCCAUACAGAAGGAGACUGAAGAGACAGUUAAGUUGAUAAAUACACUGGAGGAGGAGAUUAAAGAGUUGAAGCAGCUUCUACACUUCACAGCUGAUAUUCAGGAAACGUUCAGGAGAGCUGUGACCCUUCUGACUGUUCUUAGUGGAAGAGUCACUGUAUUGGAGAAACAGACUAAGAGCUUCAUCAUCUGGGAACCUGUGAUAAAGGCAAUGGAAGAUGUGAUGGAGGCAGCAAAAAAGGUUGCAAAGAAUCAGUUUCUUUGUAGUCAGGGUUUACAAGACUUCAUAAAUACUUUGAUAAAUGUUAGAGAAAUACUGGAUUUAUGCAACUCUCCCAAUAAUUCUGAACUUGACAGAUAUUACUAAUCAUCAUAAUUAAUACCUAGAAACCACCUUAUAUAUGCAAGAGGGGCAAAAAAACAAAUAAUUACAAUGAGACAUUAAAAUACAAAACAUGAGAUAUUUAAUAAAAAAAGCAUGGCAUAACAACUCCAAAAGUGUUAUAGUUAAUCAACAGUGCAUGUUUAAGUCACACACACACACACACACACACUGUCACACACCUGGACUCAUUUAGUGUGUUUUUGCCCGUGACCCAGUUUCUGUCUUUCCGUGUUUGAUUAGUUCCCAGGUGUGUCCAUUAUCUUCCUCAUGUGUUCCAUGUCCCUGUUAAUUUAAUGAUUCCAUCCACCUGUGUUUCCCCAAUUAUCUGUUGUACUUAAGCCUUGUCCUUUCAGUUCUGUGUUGUCGGGUCUUCAUUACCAUUUGCUACUCACUUGUGAUCACUUGCUACUUACGUGUGUCUACCUCUGUGCUCCAUGUUGGAUAU